AUGUUGAGGAAGUAUCUCUUCAAGAGCAGAGCAGAGAAACUGUACGAUAAAAUGCCCGGCCCCAAACCCUACCCUAUAGUAGGGAACUUGUAUGAAUUCAACUACCCUGACGAAGAUCCAAUUGUAACUUUGAAGAAUCUUUCAAAAAAGUAUGGAUCCGUCUUCUUGCUGAGAAUUCGCAAUGAAAAAGUUGUGUGCAUUGGAAAUCCUGACGACAUAGAGGUAGUGUUCUCCAAUAACUCCAUGGUGAAUAAACCGGACGGUUACAAAGUGUUCUUUCCGUUGAUGAAUCAAGGACUCUUCACAAGUUCAGGUGAAGAAUGGAAGAAACAGCGGAAGCUCCUGACUCCCGCCUUCCACGUUUCUGUGCUCCAAUCGUUCAUUUCAUGCUUCGAGAAGAGUGCUAUCCUCCUAGUGAAGAAUCUGUCGGAAAUGGUGGGGAAAGAAUUUGACGUGACCAAACUGAUGGCUCUCUGUACCUUCGAUAUAAUUUGCGAGACGGCGAUGGGAUAUCAAACACAAGUCCAGAUAGACAAGAAUUCAGCCUUUUUCAAUGCACUCGAUGAGUUGUUGGAUAUUCUUUCUCAUCGUCACUUCAGUAUGAUUCAGAACAGUUUCUUGUUCCAAUUCAUGUCCAUAGGCAGACGACACAAUCAGUUAACAAAAUACGUACAUGAAGUUACAGAAGAGAUAAUACGGAAGAGAAGAGAAGCGUUUAACACUUCUAAUGAGAUGCACGAUGAAGAUAUUGACAUAGGAAUAAAACAGAAAAAGCCGUUUUUGCACUUGUUGUUAGAAUACAGCAGUGUCGGUGAUGAAAUGACAGACUUGGAAAUCCGUCAACAAGUCAACACCUUCAUGAUUGCAGGAUUUGACACUUCUCAAAUAUCCAUGUCUAUUACUUUAUACUGCCUCUCACACCACCCUGAGAUACAGGAGAAAGUUUACCAAGAAAUAAGGAAGAUAUUUGGUGAAGGUGACCGGGACGCCACCUACCAGGAUCUGCAGGAGAUGAGGUACCUUGAGAACGUUAUCAAGGAGUCCAUGAGAUUCUACCCCGUGUCGGGUUUCAUUCCUCGUAUAUGUUGUGAAGAUACAAAGCUAAAAAGUGGGUACGUAAUACCAAAAAACUCUACUAUAGCAAUUAUGAUGGAUGUGAUGUACCAUGACCCUCAGGUCUACCCUGAUCCUGAUACAUUCGACCCAGACAGGUGGGAGAAGAAGAACUCCCUUUAUUCCUACUUACACUUUGGAGGCGGCAUAAGGAACUGUAUAGGUCAAAAGUUUGCUAUGCUGGAAAUGAAGUCUGUGCUAUCCAGAAUCAUCAGAAACUACCGAAUCCUACCAUCUGACAUUCCUUUGAAUUUAAAAUACUACAUAGUCGCGAGGUCUAGCACUGGUGUCAACAUACGAAUAGAACCUCGCCAAAGAAUAUAAAGCGGUCUUGUUUGAACCGCGUAAUUUCUAGAAGAAACGUGCAAUGAGGUUAUAAACUAUCCCAGAAAUAUAAAGGAUGGAUACGUGCAAGUAACUUAGGAUUUAUAACAGUGCGAGUCUGUAUGGUAUUGCUAGUAUUGUUUGGCACUUAAAAACGGACAAUGGUUAAUAUUACGCAACGGACGGGUUGUGUAAUCAUUGGUUUCCACAUUAAAACAACUAUUUCAUAA